AUGGCACUAUUGGUAAUGAUGUUUGGUGAUUUUAAUUCUGUUCGAACUCAUGCUGAAAGGGUGGACUCUGAUUCCUUUGAUGUGUCCUCUGCCGUUGAUUUUAAUGAAUGUUUAGAAGAUAUUGAUAUGGAGGAUAUGGCUUCUAAAGGUUUCUGGUUUACUUGGACGAAUAGAAGGGUGGACUUGGCUUUGUAUAGAGUAGAAUUGACAGGGCUGCAAAGAAGGAUUCCUUUCAAGUUUUUCAGUUUUUGGAUGAAUCAUAAGAACUUCCCUGAUGUUUUGCUGGAUGCUUGGUCUAGGGCUGUGCAUGGUAAUCCUAUGGAUGCUUUGUCUCAAAAACUUAGGAAGCUCAAGCUCUUGUUAAAAGAUUUUAAUAAGGAGUUCUAUCGUGAUAUUCAGAAAAGGGUUGCUUUGGUUAAAGAGGAAUUAAGUAGUUUGCAAGUAGAUGCUCUUCUUAAAUACUCUGAGUUAGUUGUGGUAGAGGAAGGUUUUCAUAGACAAAUAUCUCGGGUGCAAUGGUUGGCUUUGGGAGAUCAAAACUCAAAAUUUUUUCAUAAAAAGGUUAAGAGCCAUAUAGUUCGUAGUAAAAUCCUUUCUAUUAGUGAUGAGAAUGGAUGGGCUUAUUCAAGAUGUCACUGCAUAGGAGAUCAAAAAGGCUAUGUUCGCUAUAAUGGUGAUAAGGCCCCUGGUCCUAAUGGGUUUAAUGCUAGUUUCUUUCAUAAGAAUUGGUCUAUAGUUGGUCUUGAUGUUGUGAAUGUUGUUACGUAUUUCUUCACACAUAAGUGUUUGCCUAAAGGUUGGAAUGCCACUGCAUUAACUCUUGUUCCUAAGUUGAGUUGCCCUCUUACUAUGAAGGAUUAUAGACCCAUUGCUUGUUGCAAUGUAAUCUAUAAGUGUAUUACAAAGCUUCUGGCUCUCAGAUUGCAACCCAUUCUUCCUCAUCUUAUUGAUCAGUCUCAAGCUGCGUUUGUCAAAGAUGAUUUGUUUUUGAUGUCUAGUGCUGAUUGUGGUUCUCUCUGUGUGUAUAAGUCUGCUUUGGAUGAGUUCUACUUGUUUUCUGGCUUUAAGCCCAAUUUACAGAGAAGUCAAAUAUUUUUCUCUGGAUUUGAUGAAGAUUUGAAAGGGGCUUUACUUGAUAUUCUCCCUAUUCCUGAGGGCCAUCUUCCAGUGAGAUAUCUUGGUGUGCCAUUGAUCUCUUCAAGGCUAAGGCAUAAGGAGGGGAAUACUGACACGAUAAGUUACAUCAUUGCUUACACCAAUAAUAAUACUUUACUGUUCUUAGUCAUACGUCUACUUUUACACAUACUAUAG